UUGCUGAAGUAAGCCUAAUUAUGAAAACGUAUACCUUUCGAUUAUUCUGCUGCGUUUUAUGCAUCUUAUUGUUUUUCGGCGAAAAUUAUGGGAUGACACGACAACAGCUAAAAAAUUCUGGCAAACUUAUGAAAAAAUCCUGCAUGCCGAAGAAUGAUGUGACCGAAGACGAAGUAGGUGACAUCGAAAAGGGGAAGUUUAUAGAAAGUCGUAACGUUAUGUGUUACAUCGCAUGUGUCUACACAAUGACUCAAGUUGUGAAGAAUAACAAACUAAGCUACGAAGCUGUUAUUAAACAGGUGGAUGUGAUGUUUCCAGCUGAGAUGAGGGAUGCUGUCAAAGCAGCUGCUACUCACUGUAAAGAAACAACCAAGAAAUAUAAAGACUUGUGUGAAUCAUCAUACUGGACCGCUAAAUGCAUGUACGACUACGACGCAGAAAAUUUUGUAUUUCCUUGAACGUACAAAGUUUACAUUAAAAACAUUUGUGACGUGAA